AUGGUGGCGAACCGGGGCGAGAUCGCCAUCCGCGUGAUCCGCGCGGCCAAGGAGAUGGGACUGCAGUCGGUCGCCAUUUACUCCCCCGUCGACCGCCUGAUGCCGCACCGCUUCAAGGCCGACGAGUCCUUCCAGUGCUACCUCGACGUCGAGGGCAUCAUCAAGAUCGCGAAGGAGCACGACGUCGACGCGAUCCACCCCGGCUACGGCUUCCUGUCGGAGAACACGACGUUUGCGCGUCGGUGCCGCGAGGAGGGCAUCAAGUUCAUCGGGCCGGACCCGGAGUCGAUCGACCGGAUGGGCGACAAGACGGCCGCGCGCGUGAUCGCGCAGGAGGCGGGCGUGCCGGUGGUGCCCGGGACGGACGAGGCGCUCAAGGACGCGGACGCGGCGCUGGCGUUUGCCAAGGAGGCGGGCUUCCCCGUGAUCGUCAAGGCGGCGAUGGGGGGCGGCGGGCGCGGGAUGCGCGUGGUGCGGCGCGAGGAGGAGCUGAAGGACGCGUUCCUGCGCGCGUCGAACGAGGCGCAGGCGGCGUUCGGCGACGGGCGGAUGUUUAUCGAGAAGUACGUGGAGGACCCGCGGCACAUCGAGGUGCAGAUCCUCGCGGACGAGCACGGGAACGUGUCGCACCUGUACGAGCGGGACUGCUCCGUGCAGCGGCGGCACCAGAAGGUGGUCGAGAUCGCGCCGGCGCCCAACCUGGACAAGGAGGUGCGCCAGGGGCUGCUGGACGCGGCCGUGCGCAUCGCCAAGCACGUCGGGUACAAGAACGCGGGGACCGUCGAGUUCAUGGUCGACAAGCACGGCGCGUUCUACUUCCUCGAGGUCAACCCGCGCGUCCAGGUGGAGCACACCAUCACCGAGGAGGUCACGGGCGUCGACAUCGUGCAGUCGCAGAUCCGCGUCGCCGGCGGGGCCACGCUCGCGGACAUCGGCAUCGCGUCGCAGGCCGACGUCCCGGAGCCCAAGAGCUUCGCGAUCCAGUGCCGCCUCACCAGCGAGGACCCCGAGCGCAACUUCCAGCCCGACACGGGGCGCAUCGUGGCCUACCGCCCGCCGGGCGGGCCGGGGAUCCGCCUCGACGGGUCGUACGGCACGGGCCACAUGAUCUCGCGGCACUACGACAGCCUGCUCACCAAGAUCAUCGUGCGCGCGCCCACGUACCGCUCGGCGGUGCAGAAGAUGUACCGCGCGUGCAACGAGUUCGCCAUCCGCGGGGUGAAGACCAACAUCCCGUUCCUGCGCAACGUGCUCACGCACCCGGACUUUCUCACGGGCGACGUGACGACGAGCUUCAUCGAGCAGAACCCGCAGCUGUUCGAGUUCGACGCCGCGGGCUCCCUGCAGUCGUCCAAGCUGCUCGGGUACCUGGCCGAGCAGGUGGUGAACGGCGCCAAGCACCCGGGCGCCGUGGGCCCGCCGCCGUCGGCGAUCGACGUGGACGCGCCGGCGAUUCCCAAGGAGCUGGACAUUCCCACGAGCGAGCUGACGGGGUGGCGCGACAUCCUCGAGGCGGAGGGGCCCGAGGCGUGGGCGCGGGCGGUGCGGGAGCACAAGGGCGCGCUGCUGACGGACACGACGUGGCGCGACGCGCACCAGUCGCUGCUGGCGACGCGCGUGCGCACGCGCGACAUCAUGCGCGCGGCGCCGCUCACCGCGCGCUCGCUGAGCGGCCUGGCCAGCCUGGAGAUGUGGGGCGGCGCGACGUUCGACGUGAGCAUGCGGUUCCUGAAGGAGUGCCCGUGGCGGCGCCUGGAGCAGAUCCGCGAGGAGGUGCCCAACAUCCCGUUCCAGAUGCUGCUCCGCGGCGCCAACGCCGUGGGGUACACGACGUACGCGGACAACGUGGUGUACGAGUUCGUCAAGGAGGCCAAGCUGGCCGGGAUCGACAUCUUCCGCGUGUUCGACUCGCUGAACUACAUUGACAACAUGCUCUUUGGCAUCGACACGGUGCGCCAGGCCGGCGGCGUCAUCGAGGGCACCAUCUGCUACACGGGCGACCUGACCGACCCGAAGCGGAAGAUCUACAACCUGGACUACUACAUGAACCUCGCGGAGAAGCUGGUCGACGCGGGCAUCCACACGCUGGCCAUCAAGGACAUGGCCGGCCUGCUCAAGCCGCGCGCGGCGACGAUGCUGGUGUCGGCGCUGCGCCAGCGCUGGCCCGAGCUGCCCAUCCACAUCCACACGCACGACACGGCCGGCACCGCCGUCGCGACGCAGCUGGCGGCCGCGGAGGCCGGCGCGGACAUCAUCGACUGCGCGCUCGACUCCAUGUCGGGCACCACCUCGCAACCGUCGAUGGGGGCCAUCGUGGCCGCGCUGCAGGGCACCGACCUGGACACCAACAUCUGCCCCGACUCCAUCUCCCCGCUGAUCGAGUACUGGGAGCGCGCGCGCGGGCUGUACGCGCCGUUCGAGUCGACGCUGCGCUCGUCCAACGUGGACGUGUACCUGCACGAGAUGCCCGGCGGGCAGUACACCAACCUGAAGUUCCAGGCGACCUCGCUGGGCCUCGGCGCGCAGUGGGACAAGGUCAAGCGCUCGUACGCUGCCGCCAACCGCGCGCUGGGCGACAUCGUCAAGGUCACGCCGUCGUCCAAGGUCGUCGGCGACCUGGCGCAGUUCAUGGUGCAGAACGACCUGGACGAGCACACGGUCGUCGAGCGCGCGGAGGAGCUCUCGUUCCCGGGCAGCGUGGUCGAGUUCAUGCAGGGCCUCAUCGGGCACCCGCCGCAGGGGUUCCCGGAGCCCUUCCGCACGCGCGUCCUCAAGGGCAAGAAGCCCAUCGAGGGGCGCCCCGGCGCCACGCUCCCGCCGGUCAACCUGGCCUACCUGGAGUCGGCCCUCACCGAGAAGUACGGGCGGUACGCCAUCGACAAGCGCGACGUGCUGAGCGCGGCGCUGUACCCCAAGGUGUUCGACGAGUACCGCGCGCACGUGGACCUGUACGGCACGCUCACGGAGGAGCUGCCGACGGGGGCCUUCUGGGCGCCGCUGGACGAGGACCAGGAGGUGGUUGUGCCGAUGGGGGGGCGCAAGGGCGUCGACGCGCACAUCAAGUUCAAGGCCGUCGGCGAGAUGCAGCCCGACGGGAAGCGCGAGGUGUUCUUCGAGACGAACGGCAUCCCGCGCGUCGUCGAGGUCGUCGACACCAACGAGCCCGAGGUCGGCGCGGGCGGCGGCGGCGGGGCGCGCAAGGGCAUGCGCGAGAAGGCCACGUCCGGCGACCUGGGCAGCGUCGGCGCGCCCAUGGCCGGCGAGGUCAUCGACGUGCAGGUCAAGCCCGGGCAGAAGGUCGAGGCCGGCCAGUCGCUGGUGGUGAUGUCGGCCAUGAAGAUGGAAACCACCGUCGGCGCGCCCACCGCGGGCGUGGUCAGCCACGUGGCCGUCGAGGCCGGGGACGCCAUCGACGCCGGGGACCUCAUCGUGAAGAUCGGCGCCAGCGGCGACAACGGGGACGAGCCCGCCGCCGCCGCGCCGCAGGCUGCGGAGGCCGCGCAGUAG